AUGGAAAUAGAUGAAGAGUUUACGGAUGAGGCUCCUCCUCCAUACACAUCCAUCGUAUCUGACACAACAUUAUUAACAUCAGAAACCGACACAAAGUGCCCAAAGCCCAACGAAGCAGUCGAUACCACAGCCGACACCAGACGAAUCCCCGGCGUGGUUCACUACGUAAUCAAGAAUGAAACGCUAUGGGGAAUAGCCAUCUCUUACGGAAUCGAUGUCAACACAAUAAAACUCGCAAACCGUCUCAUGUCCGACGACAUCUACUCUGUCGGCUCGCUCUUCAUCCCGGGCGCAACCGUCUCAAAACGAGCGUUUCCGGACGAGGAAGAGGUCAGACGCUCGCUGGUGAAGCGAUUCCAGCUUAUAUCUAAAUGCACGGAUGUGCAUGAGUCGACGUCGUAUGUCAGUAGGUGUGGGUAUGAUGUGGGGAAAGCGCUGGAGGAGUAUUGGAGUGAUUUGAACUGGGAGGUCAAGCAGGGUGGAGGUUCUGUGAAGCAGGGUGGAAGCUCCAGUGCGGUGUAUGAUUCGAGAGCGGGUGUGACAGGGAGGAGGAGAGAGCCUAUUGGGAGUGGGAAGUGGAAGCGGAUUUCGUAA